UCAUGGAAAUGGGUUCGGGCUCUUUGACUGAGUCAGGCAGUUCUUCCACCAACUCUUCUGCUGAGUCACUCAACGGCUUCAAGUUCCAGAAAAAGAUCUGCUUUGAGGAUACUGCCGCCGCCACUGCUGGAGGUAAAAGUAUUAGUAGUGGUGCGAGCAUGGGGACUCCAUCCAAGUCCGGCCCAUGGUCUUCAAGCUCAUCCGGGUCGGGUAGGAAGGCCAGGGUUAGUGGAACGGUGCAAGGGGCUCAGCCUCGAAGGUGUCAUGUAGAAGGGUGUAUAGUGGAUCUAAGUGAUGCUAAGGCUUACUAUUCAAGGCAUAAGGUUUGUUGUAUGCACUCUAAGUCAUCUAAAGUCCUUGUUUCCGGCCUUGAGCAAAGAUUUUGUCAGCAGUGUAGCAGAUUUCAUCAGCUUUCAGAAUUUGACAAAGGAAAACGGAGUUGUCGUAGACGGCUUGCAGGUCACAAUGAGCGACGCAGGAAACCACCCUCUGGAUCAUUAUUUUCCUCUCCUUAUGAAAACGGCGGUAGAGGUGGAAACUUUAUCGUGGAUUUAUCAGCGUACCCAAGACUUUCUGGCAGGGAUGGGUGCCCAACGGGUGGAUCAUCAGAGUGCAUACCUGGACAUCAAAACACAGCUACUGGAACGUCAUUUCCACAUCCAUGGCGAAACAACUCCAACAACCUUUUGCUGCAAGGCUCACCGCACGGGACUAGUUUCUUCGGCACUGCGAUUCCUCUGGGAGAAUGCUUUACAGGGCCUGGUGACUCACGCUGUGCUCUCUCUCUUCUGUCAAAUCAAACAUGGGGCUCCAGAAACCAGGCUUCAAGUUUUGGGGUAAGUGGCGUGAUAAGUACUGAAGGGUCCCCUGUGGCUCAACCAACACCUCCUCAUGGUGUGAUUGUGAACCCUCCUUAUUCAAAUGCCACUUGGGGUUUCAAUAGCAGUGACCCUGUACGCACUUCUCAUGAGAUCAUGCCUCGCGUAGAUUCGGGUCGAAUCUCGGAUCCCGGUGGCCUUGAGUUGUCUCCACAAAGCCGGAGGCCGUAUUCGGAACUUGAGCAGUCAAGGGUGGCGUAUGACGACUCCAUGCAUCAUAUUCACUGGUCGCUCUGAGCUCGCAACGGUCGUCGGUCAUACCCCACCUUUUGCCAUGUAUGGCUACUGAUGU